AUGGCCGACAUUAACUGCGACCUCACGCGCUUCGAAGUCUUUGAGGAGGAUUUGAAUGUGCCGCUGGAGCUGGCGGCCAAGCAGAGGCGUCGGCUGCAGCAGAGUGUGGUGAAGUCACCCGCAUGCAUCCUUCUGUUGAUGAACCUGGCAGUAUUUGUGACUGGCUCGAUGGACCAGGUGAACGAGAAGCUUCAGCAUUUGAGUGGAACAAUCCAGGCCCACCCCGCUGUUCUGGUGAUUGAGCUCAGAAGCUGUGAGCUGCAAGCCAGGGUGCAACCAGAGAAAAUGAUGCAGGAUAUUUUUGAAGUUCAACCAGGGAACAAGCCAAAGAGCAAGGUAGCUAAGCCAAAAUUGGUAGAGCUUCAACGUUACCCGGGGUUCAAUCCAGGGGAGCCCACCCCUCUGCCCAACCAGACAGCACUGGACCAGAUCCUGGACAACGUUCUGAAGGCCCGUGGUCAGGGGAUGAAACAGAUUGGCUACAUUGCUGAUCUCAAGCAGCUGCUCAACUCCACGCUGAUGAAGAGCAUCCUCCUGGACAGCUUCUGGUGGUUUUUCCUGCACACACAGCAGCGUCAGAGUUCUGUACAGUGCCAGCUGUUUGAUCGGGUAUCCAAGAAUUACGUGCUGCUGAUCAUGGAGACUUGGAACUGGGCAUUUGGUGACCGUUUUCUGCAGGAGCUGCCAAGCAGCCUCAGCCAAGCCGUGUUCAUCAGUUUCUGCUGCAGUUUCCCCCAGUCCUUGAUUCAGUUCGACAACAAUGAAUUCAAAGCUAAAGUGUGCGACGUUGUGUACUGCUGGUUUGGAGGGAUUCGCCCGACUCCAAGGAUAUAUAAAAACUGGAAAUGUGAUGUCUUGCUGCCGCGUGAGGUCAAAGAGAUGGAACUGCGGACCGCACAGGAAGGAGACCAAAAUAAGAGAGGAAGAAAAGAAUGGGUCUUUGACUUGGAUAAAUCCAUGAAGCUGAUUCCAGCAACAACUGCAAGAUCCAGGGCAACUUCCCCAUCGAGAUCCGUCAUGUCGAGAUCCAGCAAGCUUUCUUCGAGAACAUUGUGGAGAGCGACGAAAAUCUCGAUAAAUUCCGUAUCCUGGCUGAAAGGUAGAGUGAGCACAAGCAAAUCCUCUUCAGAGCUGCAGGAGGACGAGACCUGCACAAGGGAGAAACAACUACUCGGGAUCAAUGCCAGCCUCCCGGCGUCAAGCAGCAAGACGGAGAAGAGCUACAGAAUCAGCAGCGCUUCCCUGCCGACAGAGCCACCUGUAGCCAGACGAGGGCCUGAUUUCAUGAAGAACUUGUACAAUUUGUUUGGCUUCAGCCCUCUCGUUCUCAACUUCCUUCAAGGUCAGAAAUUGGAGCCACAUGCUGGAGAAAACAUCUUUGUGACCAGAACAGAGAUCCAGCGCCUUCCACCAUAUCCUUUUAUUGGUUUCUCUUCCUGUGGGAUUGUGCUCUUCACUGCAAAACAGUGA